GACCCAUGCCCAGGGUAGAGUAAGAAGAAACUGUUGGAUCUAACCUAAACCGACCAUUUUGUUGUCUUGUUGGCACCCGGUUGUGGAAGGAUUAGCCAGGAUUAGCAGCCAUAGAUAUAGUAAAGCAACUUUAUUCCAUUGCAGCAUUAGUGAGAAUCCUGUGAUCAUGGCUAAUGUUAGGCCACGAACAUUCUUUGACAUAGAGGUGGGCGGUUUGCCAAUGGGUCGUGUUGUUUUUGAACUCUACUCAGACAUUUGCCCCGAAACAUGUGAAAAUUUUCGUGCUUUGUGUGUGGGUGAUAAGGGGAUAGGGAAGACAACAGGAAAACCACUGCAUUACAAAGGGAUCGUCUUUCACCGUGUUGUUAAAGAUUUUAUGAUUCAAGGUGGAGAUUUCUCAGUUGGAAAUGGCACCGGUGGUGAAUCGAUUUAUGGAGGGACCUUUCCAGAUGAAAACUUUUUUGCCACCCAUGAUAAACCAUAUUUAUUAUCUAUGGCCAAUCGUGGGAAAGACACAAAUGGUUCACAAUUCUUUAUUACAACGCAACCGGCGCCCCACCUCGACAACGUUCAUGUCGUAUUUGGAGAAGUGGUUUCUGGACAGGAAGUUGUUAAACAUGUGGAAGGUCUACCUGUGGAUCGCAUGUCACGUCCUUUACAAGAUGCCAAAGUCGUGAACUGCGGGGAACUUGUUCUGAAGGCAAAAGGCAAAGUUAAAAAACGAGCAUUGAAAAGCCGUGCACGUGGCGGAUCGUCAUCUUCGGCAGCAUCAUCUUCAUCAGAAUCUGAUUCUCAUGUGGGUGAAAGUAGGAAGAAAAAAAAGAAAUCAAAGAAGAGCAAGAAGCGUUCUAGAUCAGAGGAAGGCGAAAUUCCUGAUUCUGCAGAAGAGGAAGCUAAUAAAGUUCAUCCACUCGUUUCUGUGACUAAAAUUGAUCCGGACGAGAUCCCUGAGAUACCAGCCAACAAAUUUCUGUAUAGAGCUGGAUCUACUAAUAACGCCAAUCAGAAAGAAUUCAGACAACGUUAUGGGAGAGAUAGAAACCGCAGCCAUACCAAAAGCGGACGAAUUGUCAAAGGCAGAGGCAUAUUUAGAUUCCGUACGCCUUCGCGCAGCCGUUCCAGGAGUAUGACGCCACCACAUUGGAAGCAGGCUCAGAAUCGUACAAUCAAGCUUCAUGAAUUUCAGAAACUGGAGAAAAUGCGAAUCAAGAAGGAUGAGGAGGGAGAUGCAGACCAAGACCUGGGAUUGAUUUCUCGCCAUAGCCAACGUGAGGCAGAAAGAAAAAAAAGAUUCUCUGUGGCGAGCGACACGAAAAUCGGUUCCGAGCUAACUAAUAACGAAGAAAAUUCGGAAAAAGCUGUGUUUUACGACGAAAAUGCUCAGUCGAUGAAUAUUGAUAAUUCAUCACAAGUUUCCCGGAGUCAUGAGAACGUGAAUUUAACCGUUGAGAAGAAUGGGGACGAUCGUAGACCAGAUAACAAACGCAUUGAUGAUAGGGGGGAAGGGUAUCGCCGGAAUCGAUCGAAAAUCGAUAACCGGGGAUAUCACGCAAGGGACACGGGAGACCGUAAUCGAAAACGCGGUCGCUCGAGGUCCAGAGACCGUCGGAGGUCUAGAGAUCGUGAACACAGUAGAAGGAGUAGCCGAGAGAGAAGAGGGAGAAGACAUAAUUCUUUGCGGCGACGUAGUUCCCAAAGAUCUGGCAACCGGGCAGACAGACACAUGGACACCAGUCGCCGCGAAAAACGCAACGAAACUAAAAAAUCAAAUGAUUCAGAGAACAAAGAUUCCCAGCAACUGAAUGUGGAGCGAAAAAUGGAAAAUGUACAAAAAGAAGAUCGAGAUCAGACAUCGGACGUACAGCCCAAGUUUAAACGCCGAUCUCGCUCAUCUAGUAACAGUAGUCGAGCCUCCAAAGAAUGAGAGCAAUGAUAGUUUGCCAAAAUUAUUGUUGGCUUUCAGAAUACGAUUAUUCAAUUUUUUCUGUGUAUCUUUCGCCUUCAAUAUCUUCGCUCUAAUAAAAAUAAUUCAGUUUA